GUACUGCCAGCCCCCUAAAUCACAACUGCCAAGCGACUAUAGUGGUGCUGGACAUGCUUAUGAGGAUUUCUUAGAGUGGGGAAUUUACGGAAUGUCCCAGAACACUCUGGUUCCUGUGCUGAGAGCAACGGCCGGAUUCCCGUGCCACUCCCGCAACAUGCCGUAACCGUCCAGCCGCAAGUCAGGAUGAUGACUUUGGCCGUGGCCGGCGGCGACCGCAGGAAGUCGCUGACUCUGCAAGGAGUGGACCCGGAGACUUGCAUGAUCGUGUUUAAGAAUCACUGGGCGCAGGUGGUGAAGAUCCUGGAGAAACACGAGCCGAGUCGCGGCAGCACCAGCGCGCUGAGUUUCCUCUCAGGUACCACCGGCGGUGCCCGCCUCGGGUCCAUCCCGGCCGAUGAGGCCAGUGCUGUUCAGAACUACGUGGAACACAUAUUGUUCCUGCUCAUGGAGGAGGAGGCGGGUCAAGGAGGAGCGAUGGGUCCCAUUUUGGAGUUUGUGGUUCUAGAGGGUGUUAUGGAGCGCCUGUUCCUGUGGAGUUUAAGGCGACAAUUCACCGAAGACAUGAAACUGGAGCAGCUCAGGAUGUACCAGAUGCUCCUAACCCAGGCCCACCAGCCGCUACUGCACCACAAGCCACUGCUGCGGCCGCUCAUGACGCUAUUGGCCUCCUGUGGUGGCGCAGGCGCAGACACAGGUGGCCGUGUUGAGGCAGAGCUUGUCCUCCUGUUGUACCAGCUCUGCGUGGCUCUGGUGAAGGACCCCUCAGUGCUGGAACUGUUCUUCCACACUAGCGAGGACCAGGGUGCUGCCAACUUCCUGCUCUUCUCUCUCCUUAUCCCGUACACUCACAGACAAGGUCCGGUAGGUCAGCAGGCCAGAGAAGCUCUUCUGCUCAUCAUGUCGCUUUCGGCCUCUGAGCCUCGUGUGGCCCAGCACAUUGCCCAGAACACGUACUUCUGCCCAGUUCUGGCCACAGGUCUCUCUGGCCUCUACUCCUCUCUGCCGGCCAGGUUGCAGGUUUACAGUGAAGACUGGCACUGCCUAGAUCAGCCCGACUGGCAACAGGUUCCGGCUCUUGUCCACUUCCUGCACUCGCUGGGUUUCUGCAGCGCCGUUACCAGCGUGACGCAUCCUUCCAUCCGUUCCCAGCUGCUGAGUUACAUCCACAAUGGGUUCCUGGUGCCGGUGUUGGCUCCUGCCCUGCAUAAGCUGACUGUGGAGGAGGUCAUGACCACCACGGCCUACUUGGACCUGUUCCUGCGCUCCAUUUCUGAGCCUGCGCUCCUGCAGACCUUCCUGUCCUUCAUCCUGCUGCACGCCCACGAUAACGUACACAUCCUUGACACGCUGGUCAGCAGAGUCAACACACCUUUCCAGCUCGGCACGGUGUCGCUGUCCCUGUUCAGGACGCUCAUCGGUCUCUUUUGUGAGGACGUCAUGCUGCAGCUCGUUUUCAGGUUCUUGAUUGCUUGCAGCCACCUGAGCAGGAAGCAGCGGUCCUCCUUAAAGCACAAGACCUGGUACUCCACAAGUGCCGCCUCUUUUCUGCUCCUCCUGCCCUCCUGGUGCCCUGUCCGCCUUCCGAACACAAACUUAGCCUCAGAGCACAUCCACUGGCCCAAAGGAGCAGAUGUGUCGGUGGCUGAUAGCGUUGGUUACUGGCGAAGCUCCGACUUCCUGAUGGACGUUAACUACCUGCAUUACCUCUCAGACGCCCGACAAGCCAUCGCCACCUCAAACAGGGCAUGUCGGCGCUGGUCGGCACCUUACGACGGUCACAAUCCACCACCUUUCCAAAACAGAACAGGCACAGUGGAUGACACAAAUGAGGACGACAUGGAACGGCAACUAAAGAGCGACUCCGCUGCUGCCUCCCCGACCUCUUGCUCCAUAGAUGUCAUCUCCAAGAGUAACCAGCCAGGAAGAGCAAACAUUGCUCUGGAGCUUGAGUGGGAUGACCUUUUUGCGUUUGAGGAUCCGUCGUCUUCAAUUGGCAUCUCUUUCCCUUCUCUACCACCCUUACCUCCUCGCCACAUUCAAGAGAUGCAACGCAGCGCCAUCAAGCUAGUACAAGGCGCCUAUGUGGAGGAGAAUGAAUUUGAGGAGGAUGUUCUGGUCUAUGACCUCGUCGCCCAAAAAGACGCCAAGGCUGCUAUAUUGGAAAGAAUGAUGGCAGCGAAUCGACGAGUACGUGGAGGCAGCGUCUCAGCCACGACAACAGGAAGGACGAUCCAUGAAACUGUCAACUGCAUCAUGUCAUCACGGAGGGUGAGUGAGGAAGGGGGAACGGAGGAAAGACAGAGUGAGGAUCUUGGAAGGAGGAGAAACGAGGACAUCAAUGAUCGCAUUGACGUUUGUAAUGUAGACUGUGCCGCAAAUGCGCAAAAUCACACGUCACUCAACCGCCAUCCAACAGACUCGCCAAAUCUGCCCAACAACAAAGUCCCGGGCGACAACGACGACUUCCUCUCCAAGUAUCAUGAGCUAAUGCGCUCUUUAGGGGCAGAGCCCGAGUGCGACAACAUCAUGGAUGACAUCUCCACCUUCACGAAGCGGAUUCAAAACCUCAAACAAAAACUGGUAGAGGAGGAUUGUGAAGAUGGAGAGGAAAGGGAUGAGGAGAUGAUAGAGGAGGACGAAGACGAAGAUGGGGUGAGGCACGAGGUUCCAUUUACAGGGCCUUUUAUCAGUGUCCUUCUGUCCCGGCUGGAGAACCUACUGGAGAAUUCUAUUGCCGUCAACCUGCUGGUGACGGGCAUCCUGGCUCAGCUGGCGUCGUACCCGCAACCUUUGCUAAGAACAUUCCUGUUGGGCACACAAACACACCAGCAGGCUGGUGUGUCUACGCUAUACCAGGUGCUGGUGUCACUUCACAAUCAAAUCGAGCGCUACAUCCAAGCCAGACCAGAGUGCCCCGCCCUGGUAAGACAGGCAUGGAGGUUCUUGUUGGCUAAAGACCAUGACAGCAAGAUCCGAGAGAACCUCCACUCUCAGAGCGUUGAACAUCCGGACCGCCUUCUUCCCAACGGUUCUGUGAGGAACUCUCUAGCAGUCCCCCACAUAAGUCUCCUGCCUCCGUGUCCAACCAUCCCACCACAAGAUAAGAGCCGAGUGUUCGCCAUCGUCCUAUUCGCAGAAUUCCUGAAGGAGCUGGCCGCCAUCGCUUUGGAGCAUAGCAUCACUCCAGACUGGACCACAGAGGAGUAGAAGAGAUAAGCCUCACCUGAAAAAGACACUUUCAGUCAUUUUAUUUAUGUAUUUAUAAGUCCUGGAAGCCCUUGAAUUUUUGUGUUGAACACAAGUGAUGACCCUUCGUCUCAUUUGAUCGAUUAAAUGUUAUAAAAAAACAGAACAUCGCUUCCCUCGACCUUCUCAUGCAACGUAAUUCCAUCUUCUUGCUGCACGUGUAGGUUUAAGCACUUUAGGCAGGAAAGCCGAGACAUCGCUUUCCCCAGCCGCUUCAUCAGGGGAGGAUUCCAAUACGUUCCGAGGCCCACCAGAAACUUUUAUUCAGUGUCUCCUGGGUGGUCCUCCUCGCAAUAUUACAUAUCCAGAACACCUGACUUAAACAGAUGCCUGAGUCACUUCAUCUGUUUCCUCUCACUGCGGAUUAGCAUCUCCGCUCUGAGCUUCUACGGAGACAAUUAUUUCCGUCGCUGGCAUUUGUGAUCUUAUGACAGCAGCUCAAUCAAUGCUGUAUAAAUAAAACUGACUUGAUUUCAAGAUCUCAA